AUGUUCAGAGUAUCAAGUUGUUUACUAAGAUCAAAAAAAAAUAGUCUUUACACUCAACCUUUGAGAGAUCCAUCAGAGUUUCCAAUCAUAAAACAAGAUCACUUUAAAUUCAAUGUGAUUCAUCAGUCAAAAAAAUCGAGUGCUAGAGUAACCAAUAUUACAACUCCUAAUGGAAUUAUAGAAACACCAAACUUUGUUCCCGUUGCAACGGUUGGAUCAAUAAAGUUUGUCGAUCCACAAACCACUAGAAAACAAGGAACACAGCUAAUGUUUGUAAAUACCUAUCAUAUGUUGGUGAAUGCAGAUCUGGAUUUAAUCGAGAGAGUCGGUGGAUUACAUAAGUUUAUCAACUACAACGGUCCUAUCAUUACAGACAGUGGUGGUUUCCAAGUAUUCAGUAUGGGACAUCCCGACAGAGAUCAAUCGAUGCCAAUCGACGCAGAGUCAACUCCAAUCGAUGAGAGUGACAUUAAUGUGAGAUCACUAGAGUUGACAAAGCGGGAAUUGAAAGGAAUGUCUGGAAAACAAUAUCCGGGUUCGAUCGAAUCGAUCACCGACCAAGGUGUUGCUUUCAAAAGCUAUAAAACAGCAUCACGAAUUCUCUUGACACCAGAGACAUCGAUUCGCUAUCAAAAGCAAUUGGGUGCCGAUAUUAUCAUUCCGUUCGACGAGCUACCACCCUACCACUUGGAUGCACAGCGAGUUCGUGACUCUCUUCAUCGUACUCACCACUGGGAAGCACAGUCGCUACUGGCACAUCUUGCCGAUCCGAGAAAGCAAGCUAUCUAUGCUGUUAUUCACGGAGGUGUCGAUAUGGAACUGAGAAAGCAGAGCACAGAGUAUCUCUCGAGUCUCCCAUUCGACGGAAUGGCAAUCGGUGGAUCGAUUGGAAAGGAUCGUGAUGAAAUGCAUCAUCUCUUGAAUCAGCUGAUGCCGUUGCUGCCCAGAGAGCGACCCAAUCAUCUACUUGGCAUCGGCGACUUGGAAUCGAUAGAGAGAUUGAUGCCGUUGGGUAUCGAUACAUUCGACUCUAGUUAUCCCACGAGAGCAGCACGUCACGGUGCACUUAUCCUACAGGACAACACAAGAUUCCUCAUUACAAAAAGCGAAUACAAAACAAAACACGAUGAACCAAUCGACAAGACAUGCGAUUGUCCGACAUGCACAAACUACUCUAAAGCCUAUAUUCAUCAUCUCUACAAAUCAAACGAACAAAUAUUUUACACACUUGCAACACAACAUAAUCUUAGAGCAAUGGCAAGAAUAAUGGAAACCUAUAGAAACAAAAUAAAAGCAAAUGAAAUAUAA